AUGAUUCGCACUCUCAAAGUCAACAAGGUGAAUCAUCCCGUCAGUCUGUCCUUUGACGGAGAGGGCCUUCGUAUCGAAGGAGAUUUCAAUGCUGCUAAAAACUCAAAGAAUACAAAAACAGUGUGCUGUAUACCUGUGCCAGCUGGAAAAGGGCCAGACCCAACAUUACUGCCCAUCGACCAUGUGUAUAUUAUCAACGCUUUCUAUCAUGAGCGCACCCGUAUGAUUCAAAUUCAUUGCGUGCUACCGGAAGAUAGAACUGUGGAAGGAUCGCCUUCUGACAUUUACAAGUUUAUCUACUCUGUGGAUGAUGACAAGAAGGAAGAUGCCAUUGGUUUUUGCCAAGAACUAGUCAAACAGGCCUACAGCGACAUCAAGUUUGGCAAGAAGCUACUGGUGCUGAUCAAUCCCUUCGGUGGCCAAGGUAAAGCCAAGGAGAUAUUCGAGUACAAUGUAAGGCCCAUUUUUGAAAGUGCCAAAUGCGACAUUGAAGUGAGAUGCACAGAACAUCAAGGACAUGCUUUGCAAAUUGCACAAGACUUGGACAUCCAUGCAUACGACGCUAUAGUUACUGUCAGUGGCGACGGUGUGAUUCACGAAGUGAUCAACGGCUUUCUCAAGCGGCCGGAUGCCAGAGAAGCAAUGAAGCAAGUUGCCAUUGGCAUUAUUCCCGGUGGCACUGGCAACUCGCUUAUUAUCUCGCUGUUGGGUGAAAAGAGAGGAUUUGACCCUGUGUACACUGCAUUGCAGGUCGUCAAAGGAAGAUCGAUGGCUCUGGAUCUGUGCUCUGUCGUGUACGACGACCACCGCUACUUUUCCUUCUUGUCGCAGAAUUACGGCAUCACCGCUUAUGCUGAUCUUGGUACAGAGCACAUGCGUUGGAUGGGUGAUACGCGUACUGUAGUUGGUUUAAUGCAGGAGAUCUUUUCUCGUCGUUCAUACAGAAUUGAAGCUGCUGUUCAGGUGGUGGAAUCAGACAAGAGCAAGAUUCAAAGAGAGUAUGUCACUGCCUUUGCCAACGAAACUCGUGUGCCUGUGAAUGAUUUAGACGGCCAAGUAGCAGACACCAUCCCUGAUCUAUCGCAGCCUGUGCCCAAAGACUGGAUGGUCAUUGACGAUGACAUUUCGUUCUUUUUAGCUAGCAAAGUGCCUCUUUUAUCGAGAGGCAUGCUGUCUCAUCCAUGUGCACUACCCAACGAUGGUCAGAUUGAUCUGUUACUGAUUCGAGGAUCACCCAGCAUCACUAAACAGCUGGAUGUCUUUACCAAGGUUGAAACUGGACAGCACAUCAACAGCGACAUUGUUGAGUACUACAAAAUCAAAGCAUUUAGAUUGACACCCGUUUUGAAGCCUGGUCAGAAGGCGUAUGUGGCUAUUGAUGGAGAGCAUGCUCCCUGUAAGCCUUUCCAAGUUGAAGUGCACCCUCGUUUAGCUUCUGUGCUGACUAUCAGUCCCUCUUACAUUCGGACCAAUGUAUAA